GACCUCACAUCGAAGUGGUUUUUUUUAAACUCGUCUGCACUUUCGUGGAAUCUGGUUGAAGAGUUUAUAUUUGCGAAACAUUUUCUAGUUGAUAUCAAGUAAUGAAUUUACAGGGCUUAAAUGUUAUUUAAAAUGUAUGUAUUGUCAUAUAAACGUUCAGGAACUUUUACUGCUGGUGAUGAAUUUGCGAGCCGGGAAAUGCUCGAAACUCCGAUUUAGAAAAGAAAUGCCCUUGUUUAUGGUUAGUUUUUGUACCAUGCUGAUCACUGACCGCAUGGUUUUAUUACUGUUAGAGCAGUUCCAUUAAACUCACUCAAGAUUGUGAUUAAGUAGACCCACCCUGUCCCUCACGCAAGAUAGCUUAGCCAAGUUGUUACCCACAGUGAAUUCCUACCAGGCAAUACAUCUUAAAUUUGCCUCAAAAUAAACUUGUAGCUUGUUGGCUAACAACCAUAGCGAAAUACUAUGCAUGAUGUGGUUUGUUGAACAGUGUAUUUGCAUGACAGCGAAAGCUUAACUACGAACAAACCAGAAAUCAAUCGCUGAAAUACCUGCAUGAUUGGAAAACCAUGUUGACGAGUAAGCGUUUGCUGAAUAUUGUCGACCUCAGGAGUGUACGAGACAUUUACAGACAUGUCACGACGUCCUGGUCGCCAGUGGGAGCUGCUUUCAACGUAAGACAACACAAAAGGAUCGACAUACGUGAGAAAAAUGUUGGAUUGUUUGGGGUCCCGGAGCUCACCUCGCCAGCAGGAUUUGAGGUCGCGCAGGAGCACGCCUUGCGGGAAACCGAGCGGCUCGUGGAGCGAGCCUGCAGCAAUGCCCCAGGACCGCUGACCGUGCAAACGUUCGACCAACUGUCUGACAAUCUCUGCAAAGUGGCCGAUCUGGCCGAUUUCGUUAAAGCGGCUCACCCGGAUCCAGCAUACCGAGACGCUGCAGAGAAGACCUGUGUGAAAAUUGGCACAGUGGUUGAAAAGUUGAACACGAACGUUGACCUGUGCAACAGUCUGAAGAAUUUGUUGGAUAACAAAGAUGUUUUGGCUACUCUAGACCCAGAGACAAGGAGAGUGGCAGAGCUUUUUAUGUUUGAUUUUGAGAUCAGCGGAAUUCACCUGGACAAGGAAAAGCGGAAAAAGGCCGUCAGUCUGAAUGUCAAUCUCCUGGAUCUGAAUAACGAGUUUCUCAUUGGCUCUCAUCUCCCGAACAAGAUUGAGAAGAAGGCUAUUCCUGAGCGCAUCCGCCAACAUUUCACCACAGAGGGCAGUUUCCUUCAGAUUGGCGGCCUGCACGCGGAGUGUCCGGAUGACUUGGUUCGGGAAGUUGCAUAUAAGAUUUUUCUCUACCCCAACGCCGACCUGAUGCAGUGCCUGGAGGAGCUCUUGGCCUGCAGGCACGAGCUGGCCCAGCUGGUGGGCUAUCGGUCCUACGCACACAGGGCCUUGAAGGGUACAAUGAUGAAAACCCCAGAAAAUGUAAUGCAGUUCCUCACACUUCUGACAGAAAAGCUCUCUGAGAGAACAGCCAAGGACUUUGCGAUGAUGAAGGAAAUGAAGACAAAAUUGAAUCCUGGAAAUGCUGAGCUGAUGCCGUGGGACCACCCAUACUUAAGUGGGGUUAUACGCGCUGAACGGUACAACAUCGAGCCCAGCCUGUACAGUCCCUACCUGUCGCUGGGGGCCUGCAUGGAGGGGCUGAACGGCCUGUUCACGCAGCUGCUGGGGGUCUCCUUCCAGGCCCAGCAGCCCCGGCCGGGGGAGGUCUGGAGCGAGGACGUCCGGAAGCUGGCCGUGGUGCACGAGGAGGAGGGGCUGCUGGGAUACAUCUACUGCGACUUCUUCCACCGGCCGAGCAAACCCCAGCAGGACUGCCACUUCACCAUCCGCGGGGGUCGUCUGACGGAGAGCGGCGAGUACCAGCUGCCCGUGGUGGUGAUCAUGCUCAGCCUGCCCCACCCCUCCAAGGCCACGCCCACCCUGCUGACCCCCAGCAUGAUGGAGAACCUCUUCCACGAGAUGGGCCACGCCAUGCACUCCAUGCUGGGCCGGACCCGCUACCAGCAUGUGACGGGAACUCGAUGUGCCACGGAUUUUGCCGAGGUCCCCUCGAUUCUCAUGGAGUACUUCGCCACCGACUUCCGCGUGGUCAGCCAGUUUGCGUGCCAUUAUCAGACGGGACAGCCCCUGCCUGAGCGCAUGGUCGCUCGUCUGUCUGAGUCCAAGAAGGUUUGCGGAGCAGCGGACACACAGCUCCAGGUGUUCUAUUCUGCCCUGGACCAGAUGUACCACAGCCGCCCUCUGGCCUGCUCCACCACGGACAUUCUGAAAGGGGUGCAGCGUGAGUUCUACGGCCUGCCGUAUGUUCCCAACACGGCGUGGCAGCUGCGGUUCAGCCACCUGAUUGGCUACGGGGCCAAGUACUACUCUUACCUCAUGUCCAGAGCAGUGGCCUCCAUGGUGUGGAAGCAGUGUUUCGUCCAAGACCCCUUUAACAGGGACAUGGGGGAGCGUUACAGGCGGGAGAUGCUGGCCCAUGGUGGCGGGGUGGAGCCGCUGCUCAUGGUUCAAGGCAUGCUGCAGAAGAGCCCCUCCCUGGAGGACUUCGUGGACGCCCUGGUGUCAGACCUGAACCCGGACUUCGAGACCUUCAUCAUGGAUUCCGAGGGCUGAGUGACCUUUGACCCGCGUAGCCAUUGGCUUCUGUAACAGUGCUGGACGACGUGGAGCAGCCUCUUCCAUAGGUGCUCGGGUGCAUUUGGACUGAGGGUCAUCGCCAUGUUGGUAGAUUUAACCUGCUGUACAUGCUACGUUGUACAGCAAUGGUUAUGGAUGGCCAUAAAUAAGUAUUUUCUCCUG